GUUUUUGGAUGUUUCAUGUUGAAGUUUCAGUCUUUAUGGUUUAUCUGGGCCUUCAUCUUUUGUGAGGAAAUGGAGAGUGGCAAAGUAUUUGUCGGAGGGAUUUCGUGGGACACAAAUGGUGGUAGGCUCAGAGAAUAUUUUCAAGCUUUUGGUGAUGUAAUUGAAGCUGUGAUCAUGAAAGAUCGAACCACUGGCCGUGCUCGUGGUUUUGGCUUUGUUGUUUUCGCAGACGCUUCCGUUGCUGAAAAAGUUGUUAAAGAAAAACACGUUAUCGAUGGUAGAACUGUAGAGGCGAAAAAAGCUGUUCCAAGGGACGAUCAACAUGUUAAUAGAACCAACGGUGGUAGCAUACAGGGUUCGCCAGGUCCUGCUCGCACCAGAAAGAUUUUUGUCGGAGGUUUGGCAUCUUCAGUCACCGAGAGUGACUUCAAGAAGUACUUUGACCAGUUCGGGACCAUAACAGAUGUCGUGGUGAUGUAUGACCAUAACACACAAAGGCCUCGAGGUUUUGGAUUCAUCACGUAUGACUCAGAGGAAGUAGUUGAUAAAGUACUUUGCAAAACAUUUCAUGAACUUAAUGGUAAAAGGGUCGAGGUCAAGCGUGCUGUUCCAAAAGAGUUAUCGCCUGGGCAAACGCAAAGCCAAUUAGUAGGUAGGUAUAACCCUGGUAUGAACAGGGUGAACAAUCUCCUUAAUGUAUAUGCUCAAGGUUACAGUCCGAGCUCGAUGGCUAACCAUGGAGUCGGAAUGGAAGGUAGAUAUCCUCCGAUUCCUGUUGGUCGUAAUGGAUAUUCUUUGUUUGGUCCAGCUGACUACAAUAUGGGAACAGAAAUAGACUCCAGAUUGAACUCGAGCUACGGGGAAAUUAGAAAAUUCAGUUCCGUUCUUGGUUAUGGACGUAACUUAAAUUCCUUUCACAACGCGAAUUCAAACAAAUACAAUGUCCCUGUUGGACAUGCCCCUAGAAGAGUCGGAAAUGGUUCUGUGUUGAAUUCGACACGCCAGAACAUGUGGGAGAAUGAGUCUCUUUAUUAUGGUACAGAUUAUGCAAACGCUAGCGCGUUUGUUGGUUCUGGAAGCGGGAAUAGAGGACUAUCUGGUACUUUCGGAGGUCUUGGAACAUGGGGUUCCGCGCCAACUUCUAGCCAACGUGGACGUAUUGGUUCUUUUGGCGACGACAACCUCAGUUUCAGCAGUGCAGAAAACGGAUUUGCUGGUGGGGCACCGUAUGGACAAAAUGCAAGAACCAAAGCUGAUACUCAAUCGUCAUAUGCUCCAACACAAGGUGUUCAUGCCAAAAGUUUUGAAGAUAUUUACGGAUCAUUAAGUGGUUCGAUUUUUGAGGACUCAUCUGCAGAUCUAGACUGCGCCGAAGCUCUUAGUUAUGGACUCGGGAAUGCAGGCUCCCUCAACUACGUUGGUGGUUAUAGUGUUGCAAAUAGAUCAACUAGAGGUAUUGCUGCCUAGGAAGAUUAACGUAUGGAAGUUUGGAUAUAUCGACUAUUUAACGUAGAUGGAAAAUACAGCAAGAUCAAAGUCAUAGAUUGUUGAUUACUCAUUAUCCUUUCGGGGAAAUACUUCCGGCUAAAGGUACACAUAUUCACUUAGAGCUAAUUCAAUACCUACUGUAGAACUUAUCGCCAAUGAUUUUUUUUACGAUGGAGAGAAACUUUCUUGUAACGUUUGAACAUAGUGUUUGAUUGGGAUGUAAAGUUGGAUGAUGGAAUAUACUUACGAUACAUAUUCGGGUGAAACAACGAGGCUGGCUCAAUAGCGAAUGCUCAGUUUCUUGUUGCGA